AUGAUAACCAACAAGAAACCAACCAAGAUUAUUCAAGAUGCUGUGCACGGGAUUGUUGAGGUUGAGGGUCUUCUCAUGCGUUUUAUUGACACGCCAGAGUUCCAGCGGUUGCGACGGUUAAACCAAGUUGGUGUCACGCGCUAUGUCUAUCCUGUUUGUACGCACACGAGGUUCGAGCACAGCCUCGGCACCUACCAUCUCACAAAACGACUCCUUGAUGCAAUUCAGGCGGACCUAAGUAAUGAAGUAAUUCGACUUACCGAGGGUGAAUGUACAAGUCUCAUGCUAGCAGCGCUUUGUCACGACCUUGGUAAGCACGAGGAGAUAAGUUGUCGCAUAAUCCAGCGCAUUGUGAACAAGGAUGAGCAUUUGCGAACCCUGUUGAACGAUGCUGGAGUGGACCUCGACCUUGUUUAUGCCCUAAUCCGUGGUCACGCAACCCCAGAGCUUAAGAUUAUUUCGAAUUCCCUGAAUGGUAACGAUGUGGACAAGUGGGAUUACAUUAUGCGCGAUUCAUUUCAUGCCGGUUUGGGUCAGGGUUCCUGUGUAAUUGAGCUAGAGCGCUUACUCCGCUUCUACCGCCCUGCUUAUCACGCCUCCGACGACUCCUGGCACAUGUCCUUCCGAGUGUCUGAAUUGGAGAAUGUCAUGCGCGUCUUCACGCAACGACUGCGUCUUCGUAGCAGCGUAUACGCUCACAAAACGACUCUCGCCAUUGAAGCCAUGUUCAUUGACAUCUUCAACGCGCUUGACCCAGUCUUGCAUCUUCGUGAUCUGUCACUCAGAGCGGCCACUGGUGACAACAGCGCCCUGGAUGCCUUUCUGCGAAUGGAUGAGCACUGCAUAUGGGGAAUAGCCUCUUGUUAUUCCAUUUGGCCAUUUAAAAUUUUGCCAGACAUGGCGGAGAAUUUACGGCGUUCUGCGUGUCUUUGCGAACGCAUCCAAACGCGACAACUUUACUCCAUCGUAGGUUGUUUCUAUGCAGUCAGGGAAAUAGAUGUUGUGAAUGCUCAGGAGCCCCUGGAAGUGGAUUGCGAAGCGUUAACCGCAAGAAAAAUCGUCUUGAUGGCCACAUUGUACGAUGCAGAUAAAGGACAGAAAAAUGCCAUCCAAAGAGAAAUUCUAGGAACGGAGUCUGAAAUUUUGGAAGAAAUUUUCGCAAAACUCCCGCACAACUCUCCCGUUCGAAGUGUCCGUGAGCUCCGCCUUGUAAGCGACCUUCAGUCCUCCAAUUCAACUGACGACCCGCCUACCUUCUUUGUGUACCGAACGCUAGCUGACACAUUUUCAAUUACACAACCGUUAACAAAAGUGUGCUGCUUCCUCCUGUUAUGGUCGGGUCCCUUCCAGGACGACGAAGACGGCCCCCCACUGCACACACCGUCACCUGUGCCACCAUGUCUGACCGAGGCCUUGGAGGCUUGGCGACGCGAAAAGGUGGAAGCAACGGCACUCCGCUGGGGCAAACUCACCAGCAAACUGUGA